AUGCUAACACCCCCAGCCUGGCGCAAGUUCCUCAAAGACCUCAUCACCUACUUCCGCGAGGUCGCCGCCUCGUACGAACACCGCGCAAAGUCGCUCGUCAAAGUCUCCAACGUCAUCAACAACACCAAUGCCCCCUCCUCGCUCCUUGUCGAUGGCGGCCUGGGCGACGCCAACCGCAUCCUCCGCGAUUUCCACAAGCAGGCCAUUGCCGAGGCCACCAAGGCCCGAGACGUCGAGACAGACGUCAUCAGCCAAUUGAGUGGCCUGAGGGCCGAUCUUGCCCAGAAGAUCAAGGAGAUCAAGUCACUGUCGGGCAAUUUUAAGAACAACGUCGAAAAGGAAAAGGAACUCACCAGAAAGUGCGUCACUGCCCUCGACGAGGUCCUCGCAACCGCCGAGGCAGACCCUACAGCCGCCGCCGGCAAGGGUGAUCCCUAUGUGGUCCGUCUGGGGGUCGAGCGCCAGGUCGAGCGCCAGAUUGACGAAGAGAACUAUCUCCAUAGGGCCUACCUCAACCUAGAAAACUCGGGCCGCGAACUCGAGUCGAUUGUCGUUGGCGAAAUCCAAAAGGCCUACAAUGCCCUCGCCAGCAUCCUGAAGCGCGACGCCGACGAGCAGUACAGCACGGUCGAGAGACUGCGUAACGGCCCAAUUGCCAUGCCCCGCGACCUCGAGUGGAACAAGUUUGUGCGGAGCGACCCUCACUUUGUCGACCCCGACAUGCCCCUGCGCAAACUCGACGACAUCCAGUACCCCGGCAAAUAUCACCCAGCCACCAUGGAGGUCAGGGCCGGCAUGCUCGAGCGGAAGAGCAAGUACCUCAAGUCCUACACACCAGGCUGGUACGUCUUGUCGCCAACCCAUCUCCACGAGUUCAAAUCGGCCGACCGCAUCUACACGCAACCUCCCGUCAUGUCCCUAUAUCUGCCAGACCAAAAGCUUGGCUCUCGCUCCCAGCCCGGAAGUUCCUCGCACAAGUUUGUUAUCAAAGGCCGCCAAGCUGGAUCCAUGCACCGCGGCCACACUUGGGUAUUCCGGGCAGAGACGUACGAGACCAUGGUGGCUUGGUUUGACGACAUCAAGGCCUUGACAGAGAAGAGCGGAGAGGAGCGCAAUGCCUUUGUUCGCCGACACGCAAGCGUUAGGAGUACCAGUGCUGGCAGCGCUCGCUCAGCAAGCUCUGACGGCGGGCUCGAGGAAGACGAGGCAGACGCAGUUCCCUUCUCGGCCAGCCAGUCCAUGAAAGAACAGACCACAGGCCAGUCUCCGGUGCGACCGACACGACCUUCUCCAGGUGGGCGAUUUCCGUCUGAUUUGAUGGUCAACCGUAACUUACAAGCUCCUCUCUCGCCAUCUAGUGGAAGUUCAGAGGUCGGCCAGGAUCUAGCAACCAUGUCCGGAGGUCUGCCACAGGGAAUGCACCCCAUGUAUUUUGCGCAUACGCCUGCUCAUCAGUCUGGUGAGCCAGCCCAUGCCACUCAGUAUGCUCAACCGAUUGCACAAUACCCACAACCCGCAUACGAGGACCCCUAUGCGGCCCAGCAAUCGUACGUACCCGAACACCGCGACUACCCGGUCCAGCCUGUUCAUAAUGAGAGCUACGAUCUACCAUACUCUGAGAACAACCAUACCAUUCAACGCCAAGAUAGCAGGGACUAUGGCAAUUGGCUGGCACCCGCCGCUGGUGGGAUAGCAACUGGAGCCUUGGCCAGCGAAGCAUACCGCAGAAAGCAAUUGGCACAGCAACAUGCAGACGCUCAGCAACAGGAGUUGAACGGACAUUCCGAGCAGCAAUAUUCUGCUGAACAUGUUCAGACGCCAAAUCACCCACAGUCGACCCAUGAAAUCAUGCCUGAUCAAAUCGACGACACUGGUUACGUUGCACCUGCUGCACAGCCAGCAUCCGCUCCAGUGGUAGUCCCAAUCGACAACCAGAGUCACCACCAGCAAAACAAGGCGCCCGAAUCCCCAGCGAACAAGUCUUUUUUAGAUGGGUCUGAAGUAGGUGCCGCCCCUACUUCUGGAAAGACUAUCAAUGGCGGACCUGUUCCUGCUGAGUUGGUAGAUACUGCAGAGGAUAUGGAACACCCUGGCAUGGUCAAAAGGACUGGUACUGAUUUCAGUGUCAGCGAUCUGCACGUUCCGGGCGAAUAUCCCAGGACGAGCAUCGGCGAUGGCACAGUCACUCCAAGGAUGCCUAACGGGACUACAGUGUAGCAGUCUGGACCUUUUAAAAUACAUGAUUGUAUAGGCAUUUGACUGGUAUGGGUAACGAAAUACACGAUGGUGCACAUGGUACACAUGGUACACAUGGUACACAUGGUACACAUGGUACACAUGGUACACAUGGUACACAUGGUUCACGAUGGGUUCACGAUACAUGGUAUAGGCAGGAAUAUUGGGUUGGCCAAGAGCAUGGGAUACACUUGGGCCGUUUAUUCCGUGAAGCAUAUCGGCCUCGUUGCGAUUUCAUCCUUACUCGACACAAUAUUCUCCUUUUUCCGUGAUUCUUUUUUCUUCCCUCUUUUUUUCUGAGCGAGAGAGCUUUCCACCUUCGUUGAGCGGUGUUUUUUCUGCUACCGCGCCCCUCUCCCGCCAUUUGAUACCCAGCGCAAUAUCCCUCCCCACUGACAGAGUAUACAUGCUUUUUUU